AUGCUGUCAUCAGUUCCACAUAGAAAGACUUGGAACAAAUCGAAGAAGGCAGUCAAAGUCACAAGAUCCUAUCCAACCUUCCCUUCCCUGAAUGCCUGGGAAGAAUUCAGGGGCCUCUUUCCUGUGGAUAGGGAACCAAAUCCUGGAGUGGGCCUGGGUGUGGAGGAGGGACUGCUCUGCCAGAGGGUUCAUUCUCCAGAAUUCAACCUGUUUCCUGAAUCAGUGGUGUUUGAAAGCAACUUUGUCCAGGUCAAAAAGAGCAGGAACUGGAUAGGCAUCUACAAAGCCUCCAACACCAUGGCCCUUGGGGUGACCUCCUCUGUGCCCUGCCUGCCUCUUCCCAACAUCCUCUUCAUGGCCAACGUCAAAUGGCACCAUGGGCAGAGCCAGACAUGGAACCAACCAACUACAGCCCCCAAGAUCAUCCUGAAGAGGAUUCUCCCUAUGAAGUUUGUGGAGCUCCAGGUCUGUGACCGCUUUCAACAUGUCCUGCGGUUGAGGACAGUCACGGAGAAGAUCUACUACCUAAGGCUCCACCCUGACCAUCCUCAGACUGUCUUCCACUUCUGGAUCCGACUGGUUCAAAUUCUGCAGAAGGGCCUGUCCAUCACCCCCAAAGACCCUAGGAUUCUCGUCACUCACUGCCUGGUACUCAAGAACAGCUGCAGUCCCUCAGGAGACUCACAGUUAGUGCGGAAGAAACUCCAAGCCUCCCAGCCCAGCGAGAGCCUCACGCAGCUGAUGGCCAAGGGGGAGAGUGAGGCCCUCUCUCAGAUUUUUGCCGACUUGCACCAGCACAACCAGUUCAGUUCCAGGAGCAGCAGAAAGACAGAGAAAAAAAAGGACAGUCCAGGUAAAAAAAACCGUCCCAGCGAAGGCUCCAUCCCUUGCACCCGUGACCUCAGUUGGAGGGAGUCGUUCACGUAUGGAGAGUGGGAAAGAGAGAACCCCACUGGGCUGCAGCCCCCCUCACUCCUCAGCACUCUGGCAGCCUCCGCCGGCCCCAGCUGGUACCACUCAUAG